UGGGCUUAUAUGCUGCUAGAGACAUUGAAAAGCACACUAUGGUCAUUGAAUACAUCGGAACUAUUAUCCGGAAUGAGGUAGCAAACAGGAAAGAGAAGCUUUAUGAAUCCCAGAAUCGUGGUGUGUACAUGUUCCGCAUUGACAAUGACCACGUCAUCGAUGCUACCCUGACGGGAGGUCCUGCAAGGUAUAUCAACCAUUCGUGUGCACCUAACUGUGUGGCUGAGGUGGUGACUUUUGAGAGAGGACACAAAAUUAUCAUCAGCUCCAGCAGGAGAAUCCAGAAAGGGGAGGAGCUUUGCUAUGACUAUAAGUUUGAUUUUGAAGAUGACCAGCACAAGAUUCCAUGUCACUGUGGAGCUGUAAACUGCCGAAAGUGGAUGAACUAGAAUGCAUUCCUUGCUGUCUUUGAGGGUUGCUUGUCCCUAGGAAGAAGUGAUUCACAUUUUGAUUUCGUCGACAGAAAAUUGUUGCCUUUUUGAAGGGGGAAAA